UAUAAUAUUGAUGAAAGCUUUAUUCAGAGAAACUCAGUAAUCUCGUGGUACUAUAGACAGUUCUGCUUUGUGACAGAAUACGGGAAAGUAGAAAUUUUACUAAAAGCAGUUGGUGAUGCUCCAAUAUUAAAGCAAAAUAAGUGGAUGGUUGAUGAAAGUAAAACAGUGGCAGAGUUAACUAUUUUUUUGCGGAAUUAUAUGAAGCUUAGUGAUAGCGAUUCCUUACUGCUCUUCAUCAACCAGAGUUUUGCACCGUCACCUGACCAAACUUUACAAAAUCUAAAGGAUUGUUUUGCAUCCGGUGAUUCAAAAUUAAUCAUCAAUUAUAGUAAAACUCCAGCGUGGGGUUAAUU